UGUAUUUGCAAUCCUGUUUUCUUCUUCUUCUUUGUCGUGUUUUUGGCUGUUAGACUACGCAGCUGUUCUGGACGCACCCGUCGCUGGAUUUCCGUCAAGUUUUCAGUCCAACUUGCACUUGUCUGCGAAUUCGAGCUGAGGUGAUAGCGACAAGUUCCAUCGGAAGCUGCCCCAAAAGCUGUCGUCGUCAUCCCCCUACUGCCAGACGUUUCAUACUGCUCAAGUCAUCAAGCACACUCCAACACAAAAAAGGAAUUAUCGUCGUUUCUGUGAACUAGCGCGUUAAACAACAAAAAAGGCGUUCGGUCGCUGCUGCUGGUGUCGCUUUUCUGUCAUGUGGAGCAUCCCGUCCAUCCCGCUGCUGCCGGAUGCGCUCCAGCGAACAUUCACAGACGCGCUUCAAAAACGCGUCCUCAAGUUCCUGCUGAAGCGCACGGUCGGACAGUUUCUAGCAUCCGAGCUGCAGCUGGAUCAGGUUGACGUUCAACUCGGCGAUGGUCGGGUUCACCUGCACAAUCUUGCGCUCGACGUCGAUAGCCUCAACCAACAAGUAGCCGAUCUGCCCUUCCGCAUCACCCACGGAUCGAUCGGAACCAUUCGCGCCUCCAUUCCGUGGAAGGACAUUUGGCGGGGCAGCUGCGAACUCGAGUUUGACAAUUUACGAAUCUGUCUUUCGCCCAAAACAGAACAGGACUUUGCUGCCGCGAACGAUGCCAAAGACGUUGCACUCGCCCUGUCCAUGUCCACUGCCCAACUUGCCACAGAAUUCAUGAAGCAAGAAAAGGGAAAUUUGUUUCCAGAUGCGGCCAGUCCAUCGGCAGGAAACAGCUCAUUUCGCGCGACCAGCCCUACAGGCGCGGCUGCGGCUGCUUCUGCACGCAGCGACAGCGGCGGUGCGUCCUCUUCCACCUCCUCCUCCAACAACAAGGAGAUGGAUGGACUCUACUUUUUGCACGGGCUGAUUGAAACUGUGCUGGCCAAAAUCAAGGUUCGCUUGCUGCGAACAGAAGUUGUGGUCGAGCAACGCUCCACCAUCACCAACACUCUCGUCUCCCUGUCCAUUCGUGUGAAUGAGCUGAGCUAUAGCGAUGUCACCCCGGGUCUCGACGACGACUCUGCAGAAAACUGGAAUGGCAAGCCGAGCGCAGACACUGGCAGCACGAGCGCUGCCACCACCGCCACUGCAUCCUCGUCGGGUCUCCCUCCAACCGGCACGACGGGGCCUUUCGCAUCCUCGUUUGCGCAUGGCACGCAGGGCACCGAGGCGCUGCGCACUCGCUUUGCCGGCAUUCUGACCGAAUCCAUAAAAAAUGUGCGCAUCUCCGGGCUCUCGGUGCACUUGGACGAAGCUCCAUUGGUCCCCUCUGCACCGGCAUCGCCACUGGUGCCGACGGGUCCGCUCGCCAGUCUUGCAAAGCCGGUAGAAAGUCGGCCAUUUUCGUCGUCGGCAGCCACCAUGGCGAGCAGUGACAUGUUCUCUUCGGCGUUCGCUGCUGGCGGCGAGGCGUCAAUCAUGGGCGCAUCCUCAUCCAUCCCUCUGGGUGAUCCCGACGUGGCGACUGGUGCCGAGAGUGUCUACCACCCUGCGCCCUUGGACUUUGCCUCGCUGCAAACGCCUCUAACGCCGCCCUUCCAAACUCCGGACAUGUUUGCUUCGGCGCAAGAGGAUUUCUUUCCGUCAUCCGGAGCAGCCCCACCAGAUCGCCCUCUUCUCGCUUCUGCGACCCUGUCUUCGGGGGGACGACCAUCCCAGAAGACUGCUUCUACUGCGGCGGCUUCGACACCAGCCUCGCCUUCCAGUGCUUUGCGUCCGGGUGUGAAAGCGCCCUAUGCCACCGCGAUCGCCGUAACAGACGAGCAGCGCCCUUCUUGGAUUAAAGUUCGAUUCCGGCACGCCGCGGGAGAGCAAUUUGCGGCAGCUUCAGCCCCGAAAGGGGACAUUGAGUGCUUUAUUCACUCCUUUCACGUCUUCCUUUCUCCAAAGCAAUACCAUGUGGUGAUUGCCGUCGUCGACUCGCUCAUGCUCGCAGUGAAUUUGCAAGCGCAGCACGCGGAAGAGCAACGCAUGGUGCAGCUGCGGACUGAGCGGGCUGCUUUUCAGUCCAGAGGACCCGAAGUCGCUUCCGAGCCGACAACGACCACCGCCGCAAACCCAUCAUCAACUGCGCCGCUGCGCGCAAACUUUGGGGCUUCAGAGUUUGUCGAACCUCAAGCGCAAACACUGGCUCAGUCGGACAUUUAUCGGAUCCAAUCGCUGUUGGAAACGCACAGCCGGCAAAAGCGUCGCAGCAUGUCCAAGCAGGAGCGUCAACAGCAAAAGGAGCUGACAGACUCGUUCUUGUCCGAGUCGUUUACAUCCAGUUCCAGCUUCCUGGGCCCUGAAGCAGCCCGUGAGCGCGGUGCAUCAUCCGAUCCCGACAGUCUUGCCAAACGCCCGCCCAAGCAAAAGCAGAAAGCAGCUCGGAAGGCACCAAAGCGCGACAUGACGAGCAGUAUCGCAGAUUUGCAUGAAAGCAUCCGAAUGAAAGAUUCGGCGCUGUUUGCGCCUGCCGCCUCCUCCUUUUCCGAUGCUGGUGCUUCUCACUACCUCCCAGCAGCAUCGUCCUUCAUGCACGCUGACGAUACCGAUGACACGCACGAUCCUAUGGCUUCGUUGCUGGGCGAAAUGGGCAUGCGUCCUUCGCACUUGCUCUCAUCUUCCAGCGGUGGCGGUGGCGCCGCGUUCGGAUCGGGCCUGGUCCGUGGACAUUCUGCGCGUCAGGGCAUUGCCGCCGGCAGCGCAAACUACACUCCAGCAGGUCCAUUUUUGGAGGCGUUGGAUGAAAAUGCAGCCGAGCUUGAGCUGGUGCAGAAUGCCGCGUCCCCUCGUCCGCUGCUUGAAGCCACCGCCAUCCACACCGACACGGAUGACGACGACGACGACGACGACGACGACGAUAAUGAUGAUGCCAAAGACGAAGACGGCGAUGACGGGGAGGACGACACAACUUCGGACCGUGACGGCAGCGACGACGAUGACGACCAAUUCGACGACGAGGAUGACACGAGCUCGAUGCAGUCGUCUUCCUUCCACCCCAAUGCUGCCAGCACCGGUAGCGACGUGUUUUACGAUUUGAGCGAAAUCAGCCUUCAGCCCAAAACUCAACCUUUGGCGGACGCGACAAACCAGCCAACUCGCGGCACAGAUUCACUAUUCGCGCUCAAGAUUGAGGUUCGAGGAGGCUCGUGCACCUUGCUGUUCGAAGAGCACGAACAAAUGCAGCAGAUUCGCACAAAGUAUUUCGAAUUUGUCGUCCAUCGGAUGAGGAAGCACCAUUUGUCCAACCACCUUUGCGCUGACGAGCGGUUUGUCAACGACCUACUGUCCACCACGUCCUGUGACCACCUCCAGUUGGUGUUUUCGCGGCUGGUAUUGAAGAUGAAUCAAUCAGCUGCUGGCAGCAAGACAGAUCUCACGCUCGGCAAACUCGCCGUUCACGAGGCCCACAUCAAAGCGCCCAGUGCAAGCACGGCCCACCCGCCGUCCAAGUCUGGUCUUUCUAAAACCACCGUUCUGCUGUUUGAUGCCGAUUUGACGUCGCCAGGGCAGGGCAAGGUCACAAUUGACGACAUGCUUGGCGUUCGCGCCGCUACCGGCUCCUCGCCUGCUGCAACCCCUUCGAUGCAAGCCGCAGGAGCCGCUUUUGGAGGCGUGUUUCUUCCCACUGCAGACCAGCACCUGCUCAAUUUGGCGCAUGCGUUCGGGCAUCACCGGACUUCGCCUGCCAGCGCGCCGCAUGUGAAGUUUAGCAUCCGUCCGCCUUCCGCUUCUUCUUCUUUUUCUUCUUCUGCUGCUGCCGCCGCCCACGACUUGCAUGGCCAGCGGCACCACGACGGAGACAGCUCGUCAUCGCUUGAUCCUGCUUACACCCUGUCACUUCAGCCUUGCGUGAUUGAUCUCGAUCUCAACCUCUUGAAUCGCCUCGGAAUGUACUUUGACGUGCGCAUGCUGCUCUUGGCGCUUGACGCUGCGAUUGCCGAGCAGGCUGCCCUGAACAAUAUCGAGGCAUCCAUGCCAUCUACCAGCACAUGGGCGUCAUCCACUCUGCCGGCAGGUGGUCGCUCUGCACGAGGUCAACCCGCUGAUCUUGGCAGCAACGCCCACUUUGGAAGGACGUUCACGGCCGAUCACACUCUGUUCAACGCCGGACCCCCGCUCAGUAGCGGAUUCUCUUCUGUCAGCGCCUCGUCCAAUCCGCUGCUCAGCCGCUAUCUCGCUGAACGAGCCCGCCUCGGCCGUUCAGACACCCUGCAACCAAAUGUCGAGGCAGGAGGCUCCAGCCAGCUGGCGUUCGCCCUCAAGUGCGCCUUGCUGCGAGUCAUGCUGCACUUCCCCGUCGUGGAUUUGACCAUUCCGGAAAAGUCUUCGUUGGCCGCCUCUGUUGGCUCUCUGAUUCCAGACCACAAGCAAGACGACGACUUGGACUCUUCCCCACCACUGCAACUCCCAGAGUAUCCAGCGUGCUUCUUCCGGGGCCUUCUCCAUCCUGAAGUGGUUGCAAUCGACCUGAUUUCGCUCGCAGCGACCAUCAUCACAGUGCCCACGGGCGACAUGACGGUGGCGAUUCAUUUUGAGCAGCUCGUCGGCCUCAUCAAGCUCGAUGCUUCGCCACUGACAAACUGGAUUCCUUUCAUGAACGUACUCGGUGCAAGCUCUGCGGCGGACAGCUCGGAAGACGCGGUGCGUAAGGUGCUGGACUCGCCCAGCCUCGUGGUUCACAUGUAUCCGAACAUUGCCGCGAGCAUUGAGCACGAGUUCCAUUUGAGCCACUCGCAUCCUCGACACCAAUCCUCCCACCACCGCGGCAGCUCGCUGCGCGACUCCUUUUCUGGCGGCCGUGCUGGAAAUCGAGAUAAGAGUGGUCCCGAUUUGGGCGCUGCCAAGGCUACUCCCUUCACCUCACGCUACGGUGAUCACGGAAGCCAGGGGAAUGUCCUCGUGGCCGCCGACGACGAGACCCAGGACGAGUUCGAGCGCGAGUGCAUUGCCGAAUCCGAGUAUGUGAUUGAGUGCAUCUUCCCUGUCGUCCACCUCACCCUGUCCAAGCCGAUGAUUGAUCUCUUGUACGUUCGCUUCAACGACCUGGCAAUGUGGUCUCCUGGCCCCGCCUUCUCGCUCAACACGCUCCUCGGGCAGCCAAAGGACGAGUUUGCGCCGGCAAAUGAGAGCGAGGCCGACUCUGAUUCUGACGACAGUCUGCACAACGACCCAAGUCUCUUGAGCGGCCGCUCACGCUCGGCCUCGCGAGCCGGCUCUGGUCGCAGCUCUGGUCGCAGCUCUGGAUACACCUCGGGAAGCGAAGGGUUUAACGAUGACGACGACAGCGAUUACGAGGCGGCCAAGCGCGAUUUCGCUCCCUCCCAUCUCGAUCGACUGGCCCAUGUUGCCACUUCUGCCUCUAGCUCUGUUCGUGCUGUCUUUGAAACUGCCACCAAGAUCCUGGCAGAUGCCGGCAUCCAGUCUGGGGAGGGCUUCUCCGUUCGGAGCUCAGCCCGCUCCAGCCGAGCGGGAAGGGCCUCGUCGCGGUCGCACUCGCGGUCUGGCUCGCGCAGCGCCAGUCGUGCGCGCUCGAGCGAAUUUACGACGCUCCCACCGCUCCACCGCGACCCCAGUUCCGGCGAUGCCAACAAGGAUGGUAUGUUUGACGAGGAGGAUGACGACUCCAAGCCUCGACAGCCAACCUUCCUGUCGCUGUCGUUGACUGUCGGAACGGGUUUGAUUCAUCUGGACGAAGUGCAGCCCUUGUCUACUGCUGCUCAGAAUGCCGCACCGCGGAUUGGCUUGCGUCUCGAGGUGACGAGUCUGGCCAUGUUCCACGCGGAACAGUACCAAGGCCACACCCGAAAGUACAUGAGCAUUCGGUCGGACGAUCUCGCGCUGCUGCAAGUGGUGCCCGGGUCCCACGAGGUGGUUGCACCCAUCUUGGCCCGAUCGCCCGUGCAGCCGUUGAGUCAGCCUUCGAACUCGAGGAUGGUCUGUGUCGCGCUUCGCAUUGAUGCCGACUUGCCACAGCGUGUCAAGCACUUGACAACUUGCGUCGAUUUCCGCGACAUGACCUGGACGCACGAGAGUACGGCUGGCGAGAAUUGGAUUUUCCAUUUGAUGGAGCUCAUUUCGUUCCCAGACACGGUGACGCCAGGAUAUGUGCCAUUUUCGACCAUGGUCCGCUUGGGCAUCAGCGCCGAGAAUCUGUGCGUCGACUACUCUCCGGUCUACUGUGCUGGUCGUGCCGUCUUCCACGUAGGCCAUGUUCGCGUUGGCAGCAACAUUGUUCCCUUGUCCAACUCGACCGUGCUGAGCUUUGGCUUCCGCGAGGUGUCGCUCUUCCUUGUCAACAAUGUCCGCUCGUUGGUUCUUCCGCUCGCGAUUGUGCGUCAAGGCGUCCGCGCCGCCCCUCGACCGAACGGCUCCAUUCCAACCGCGUUGUUGGACCAGUCUUUGGCUGCCAUGCUCACGCCGUCCCUGCGAAACUUUAUCGACCCGGCGUUCGUCCCGGAGGUCCCGCUGCCCGGAGCUGAUUCCGCGUUUGAGGUGCCAUCCGCCAUCCCUGACGCUGCCCUGACCCUAGACCAGCUCAACACAUUCCGCCAGAGGCAAGCGGAACAGCGCACCGCAUUUGCACAACGGCGGCAGCAGCUUGUGAGCCUGCCUGUGAUUGUCAUGUCCGUUCCUGCGUACUUGACAACAGCCGGUUUUGCCAAGGUUGUCGAUGCGGACAUUCUGGAUUUGACCAUCACCACCAAUUCCUCGGGUCUCGGAAAGGCUGCCGCUGCUGCUCUAGCCGCGGCAGUGGCAGCCGUGCCUCCCCACCUGUACUCGCAUUCUUCCGACAGCAACGCACGGACCAUUUUCAUGCCACCUUCUGUUCCAGCCGAGUUGAUUUCGCCCUCACCCGCGCCGCCGCCGUCGUUCCAGCUGGAGAUUCUCAACCGCCGAGUCACCGUUUCCACCUGUGCAGAUUCGUUUGUGUAUUUGAUUGAGCUGCUCCGGUAUUACUUUGACGGUGUGGACCUUGUGGAUUGGUCGAGCGUCUCGCUUCCAACCCUCCGAUCCAAGCAUCGGCCCGCGACUGGCGCUGCUUCCACUGGUGUUUCUGCUUCGUCUGAUGGUGGCGCGGCAAGCAGCACCGAGCCCACUCAGCCUGCUGCAGGCGACACCAGCGACGACACCGGAGACGGCGACGGAGACGGUUUGGGCGCUGCUGAUGCUAUGCCACAACAGCAGCAGCAGCAGCAGCAGCAGGCGGCGACAGAGUCGGCUCCGCGUGACUUUGUCAACUUGGACGGCGUGCAUUCGCCCCCGGUUGACAAAGGCCCCUUGCACUGGUAUGACAUUGCAGCUCGCCCCGUGGGUCCUGCUCCGGAGGGCGACCAAAGUGCGCACAUUGAGAACGAGCUUGUUUCCACGCUUGUGGAUGAGCGGGAGCUCUCCGCCCACGGGCCACGGUUUACCUCUGCUGAAGAAGUCAGUCGUGCUGAAAAGGCAGCCCACCGUGCCAAGCUGCUGCAGCAGCGUGCAGAAACCCGAGCUGUUGCCGUAGAAUCCGACGACGAUGGCGAGUUUGCUGCGACAGCCGAAGGACACUCGACUGGAAUGGACACGCGCGGCCAGCCAAUGGGUGGCAGUUUCAUCGAGGACUUGUUUGUUCCAGCUGAGCACUUGCGGACUGACUCGUCGCUGAGCAACCUCGAGCGCAAACCUUCUUCUGCGUUCAUCCCGAUCCCGUCAUCAUCAAGCACCCCCAGCAAUAUUCCUCCCGUCAGCGAUGCUCUCGAUCAUGACGAGUCUCUGUUUGCAUUCUCUGGCGCAUACAUUGAGCGGCUUGGAUCCGAGGAGGGCGACAGCGAUGAUGACGAGGAAGAGCUGGACCAACGUUUGACGACGACCAAUCUUCCCCAGACUGCUGCUGCCGCCGCCAGCUCCUCGUCGAGUCGACUGACCCUUGACGACGGUGAUCUCACCACCACGCCACAGACUGCCAAACCUUCCACUCUAAUCGCACGCCAUGGGCUGAUUCCGUCCAAAUCUGGCGCUGGAACGUCUGCCGAACAGGCUGCCGUUGCUCGCUCCUCUGCACUUGAUGGCCAUUCCCAAUCGCGGUCAUCUGAUCCUGCCACGCAGCAGGUGCCAAUGUUCCGCGCCAGCGAGCGCCCCUCCUCUGCCUCUGCGACUGCGACGGCGACGCGCUCGUCUCCCGGUCCAGCCGUUGCUGCAGCGUCUGCUUCGUCCGAUUCUUCGUCCGUUGACCCGCCCCGACCUGUCUUGUAUGACAGCGGGGUCGGGUCUUCACAUGCUGACAGCCUGCCUCGCGUCAUUGUCUACGAGCCAUUGAACUUUGUGGAAACCCACUUUUCGGUCACGACGGACGAUAUGGAGCAGCAGUCGCUCAAGCCGCCCUCGCACAUGCCAUUCUCGAUGGAGCGAUUUAUCGCGCGUGACAUUGCAUUGUCUUGGCGCAUGUUUGGAGGCCGAGACUUCCGCCCAGUGGCCGGCACGCCGGCCGCGAGCGAUGCAGGAGCUCAGCAUGCCUCGCGCAACACUGACCAGGCCAUCGAGGUCGUUGUGGAUGGACUGAGCUUUGAGUUUGACUCGUUCCCUGGCCUCAUCCCGCUUGCAUCGCGACUCGUCGUCCAUGUCAAGGACUUUGAAGUCCGCGACCGGCUCCAGGUGUCUCAAACCAACAAGUUCCUCUGCUACUGGCGUACAAAGCGCCGGCCGCGCGUGACUGGCUCCAACAUGAUUGAGCUUGAAAUGCUGAGCGUCCGUCCCGAUCCUCAGCGCUCGACGGAGGAGCUGCGGCUUGAUGUGAAGCUGCUUCCUCUCCGCAUCAACGCCGACCAAGAUGCCAUCAUGUUCCUGGUCAACUACUUUACCCCAUCCGCGUCGAUCGGACCCUCGUCCGUCCCCACGCGUCCAAGCGCAACAAUGAUUGCGACCGCUACAGUCUCUGCCGCUGCCGCGACUGUUGCGACCGCUGCAGCCUCGACGAUCGCCACUGCGGCGACCGCCGCCACCAAGCUGCAGGCCAACAACCCCUCCGCCGCCAGAGCCGCACCAUCCUUGUCGGCCGAGCAAGGCGCCGAACUGCACGCUGCCUCGGAAGAAGACGCAGCAGUGUUUAUUCAGCACUGCGUCGUGCACGCGCUGCGCGUCCGCAUCGACUACCAAGCCAAACGCAUGGACUUGUCCCGCUUGCGCAAUGGCGAGUACUUCCAGCUGCUCUUCUUGCUUUCGCUGGAGGGCGCCGAGCUCUACCUCAACCAUCUUGAGGUGAGUGGUGCGCAGGGCUUUGACAGGCUGCUGAUGCACAUUGGCGCGGGCUGGCUUCCCCACAUCAAGUCGACGCAGCUGCCCAGCGUGCUUGCCGGAAUACCCCCGUUCCGCUCGUUGGCCAACCUGAGUUCGGGUGCCGCCGAUCUCAUCAUGCUGCCCAUUCGGCACUACCGCCAAGGGGGCCGGUUGACGCACGGCAUCCAGCGCGGUGUCAACUCCUUCCUGACGACGGCUGGCUUGGAGACGCUCAACCUUGCCUCUCAGGUGGCUGUGGCUGCCCAGCAAGGGUUGGAGUUUGUCGAGGACGUUCUUGUGCCUUCGCAGUCUCCGAUGACGACCACCACCGCCACUGGCACCGGCAUCGGCACCGCCACCGCCGACGUUCAGCACGAUGCGGCCGCGGCUUCUUCCAGCCGUGAACCAAAUCCGCAGGUCUUUCUCGCACACUCCAACCGAACGUACCACGCAACAAGCGAAUGCUUCCUUUUGCGGCGAAGCGAGGCUGUUGUGCCUGUUGGGCUGACUUCGGCUCUGCAACUUCGCUUUACGCCGUGCGAGUCGUGCAAGCCCCCGUCGGCCUUGGCGGAUCGCCACUUCCAUCCCUCCAAGUACGCCGACCAGCCAGAGGGUCUCCAAGACGGUCUGCGAAGCGCGUACUCGAGUUUGACGCGCGGUCUCACCGAGACGGCCUCCACCGUGUCCCACUUUUCGCACAGCGAGCAAACCCGAGCGGGAGGCAAAACACCCACUGCCUACGUGCGUUCCGCUGUGCGGGCUGUUCCUGUUCUUGUUCUUCGACCCAUGAUUGGUGUCACCGAGGCUGUCGCCAAGACGCUCAAGGGAGCUCGCAACGAGCUCGACCCUUCUGCGCGCCUCGACAUGCAGGACAAGUACAAGACGAACAAUGAGAGUCUUUUGUAACGAGUACAUGUAUGUACUGUUUGUGUGUGUGUUUUUUAUGAUUCCAGAUUCUGUUCAAAAUACAGUCGGAUGAGAUGAAAGCGUUGGAGUGUUUGUCACCUAACUAACAGUCAUUGAACGACACUCAUCAUGUUUGC